AUGGGGAGUGCAACGGGGGUAGUGAAAGAAGCAUGGAAUACGGAUGUGGUAGGACUUCCAAUGUUCCAAGUUACCCAAAAAAUUACGCAUACCAGAUUGGCUUUGGAUAAGUGGCAGAAGCAAGCUUUCAAGGCAAGCCAGCAUCAGAUGUUGGGAAUUAGGUCACGCCUUGAAGAAUUGUUGGAUGUCCCUUUAUCUGAUAAUGUUCAGAAUGAGAAAAGGCAUUUGAUGGAGUUUUUACAGUUCAUAGGAGGAGAUUUUUUUGGAAGCAUCGAUCCAAGGAUAUGUAAUUGCAGGAACUGUUACAACCUCAAAAACGAUGGAAUGGUUGAUGACAGAGCUCGCCAGAAAUCCAAAUUGCUGUAUUUCAUCCUCAAAUAUCACAUAAUUUCAUACUUGAAUUUUUCGUUCUUGUUUUUGGAAAUCAAAAGGCUUGGCCAGAUUGAUGAAAAACUGCAAAAUGAGGUUAUGGGAAUUGCUGAUGGAAAACAAGACAUAACAGAAAGUGAAUUGGACAAAAUGCCAUACUUGAAAGCUGUGAUCAUUGAAACACUUAGUACGUAUCCUCCAAUGCCGUUGCUGGGUACUCGAGAGUCAACCCAAGAUGCUAAAAUAAAGGGCUACGACAUAGCAGCAAAAACCAUGGUCAUAAUAAAUGCCUGGGAAAUUGGAAGGGACCCUUCUCUGUGGGAUGAACCAGAGAAGUUUCAACCGGAUAGAUUUAUGAAUUCUAGUACGGACUUCAGAGGACAGGACGUUCAGUUUAUCCCAUUUGAAGCUGGCAGGAGAGGUUGCCCAGGAAUCCUAUUUUCGAUGAUCACUACUGAGCUUGUGCUAGUAAAUCUUGUGCACAAGUUUGAGUGGGCAUUGCAUAGUGGCGCUAGAGCUAGGGAUAUGAACAUGACAGAAUGCAAUAGUCUUGUCAUCCACAGAGAUGUUCCUCUUCUAGCUAUGGCAGCACCAUGGUAUUCUUCAAUGUACUUUCUCUUCUUUUAUGUUUUUAUGUUACUCUCACUACAACAAAUUUCCCCAAUAGCACCUCUUUUGUUGUCACGCUCUGAAUUUUGA